UGAUGGCUGCUUUAAUGUCAUCACUGACCUCCAUCUUUAACAGCAGUAGCACCCUCUUCACCAUGGACAUCUGGAAGAAGUAUCGAAGAGGUGCUAGUGAGAAGGAGCUGCUGCUAGUUGGCAGGAUAGUGACUGUUAUUUUGGUGGUGAUUAGCGUGGUUUGGAUCCCGAUUCUUCAGAGUGCUAACAGCGGUCAGCUGUAUGUUUACAUCCAGUCAGUAACCAGCUAUCUAGCCCCUCCUGUUACUGCCAUUUUUGUAAUGGCUGUUUUCUGGAAAAGAACUAAUGAGGCGGGAGCAUUCUGGGGCCUGAUGGUGGGUCUAGCGGUGGGAUUGACGCGGAUGGUUCUAGAGUUUGUGUUUCCUCCCCCUCGCUGUGGUGUUUUUGACCCUGCUCCCUCUGUCUUGAGGAGUGUACACUACCUGCACUUUGCCAUCAUACUCUGUGCCCUGACUAUUAUUGUUGUGGUGGUGAUCAGUCUACUGACCCCUCCACCCACCGACGAACAGACACAUAAUCUUACCUGGUGGACUCUACAUAACAGCACUGAGAGAGAAAUACCUCUACAGAAAGUAGCUACUCUUAGCUGCAGGACAGACGGCUGUGAGUCUGUGCGCAGGGGUAAGUGUGUCCGCACCGCUGGGUUCUGUAGCCCUCGACCUGGACGAUUUGCAACCGGGACGCCACCUCCUAUAAUUCACAGCACCAGAGACGAUCCCUUCUGGUCUCGUUUCUGUUGUGUCAAUGCCAUCAUUCUCAUGUGCAUCAACAUCUUCCUCUAUGCUUACCAUGCGUAACACAUACCGCCACACACAUAGUUUUUUGUUUUUUUUGGUACAAAUGCAUCACCUAGACUUCUGAUAAGACUUUCUUGCAAUUGCGAGUUUGUAUCUUACU